AUGAUUAUAUACGCGCGGGUAACGCUGAUUCAGACGGACAAACCUAACCUAAAGCCUAUUGGACCAGCGAUGUGUUCGGUGGAGCUGUGUACUCGUUCGAAUCGUGAGAAAUUGAUCUUGAAGAUAGGAUGUCAGAAGAAUAAACGACUGGAUUGUGUGAAUUUGGUAAGGAUUUUUGAUUUUUUGUUGGUUUUUAGGUGUUAGCUGAUGUUGCCUUUGAUCAAAUACGCUUUUUUUGGUGUGGAAAGGAAUUUUUUAUUGAAAAUGGACGUUAGGGUAUAAUUAAGGCGUUUUAAGGUUAUACAGCGUUUGUAGUUGUUAUAUACCAAUGUUAUGAUGUUUAAUAUAAUUUCAGAUCUCACAACAAUCUUGCAAACUUCUCAUACCUCGCGAAGAAGAUAAAAUAACCUUUGUCUUGAGCAGAACAUCUCAGAACCUUCUACUAGCAGGACUUCAACCAGGAGUGCGAAAGAAUAUUAUUUUAGUGGUCAAUCACUUCAGAAAUGGCCAAAACUCUCCGCCGGAACAACUAUCUGUCAUAAACAAGAUACUAUGUGGUACUGCUCACUCACAAUCUGUCGAUUUGGCUAAAGAAUUGGUUAUGGGAAAGAAGAAGUUGGAAUUGACCGGUAAAGAUGCUGAAGAAGAUUUUAGAUCCAGAACGGCGUAUCCAGCAUCACUUGAGAGUUUGAUGAUUCAGUUUCCAAUAAGUUUGGAUAACAGACCUUUUAAGUGUUUAAAUUUGAAGAAAUUGAGGUUGAAGAUGAAGAUAGAUGUCAAUAAUCAUAAAGACAUGAAGAAUUUAAAGGGAUUGAGGAUGCUGAAGCUGUUGGAAGAGCUGGAUUUGUCUGAUAAUGGGCUGAUGGAUCUUCCUGUAAGCUUUUUUGAUGGGAACUUGGGUGGUUUUUAGUUAAAUUUUAUAUAAAAUGCUAUUUUUUUAUGUAAAAUAAUAAUUUUUAUAAAAAUUUUACUUUUUAGGACGAAGUCUAUGAAUCGUUUCCAGGAAACUUAAAGGAGUUAAACUUGUCUCAAAACAAUCUUACUGUUCUUCCAGAAAGCUUAAUGCACCUUCCAAGGCUGAUUCAUCUUGAUGCGGCUAGGAAUCAAAUUCAUACUGUUCAUACUAGCGUAAGUUUAAAAAUUAGGUAGUAAUGGUUCAAAUAUUCGACUAAACUUAAAUACUAGGAUGUCAGGAAAUAUUCAGUAAGAGCUGAGGGGAAGUCAUUAAAGAAGUAGUAUCCUUUUCUCAAGCUUAAUUUUUCUUGAUUUGUCUUUUACUGACCUUAUGUGGGCAUUACUAUUCCUUUUUUUUCAGAUUCACAAACUCAUCUCAUUACGAAUUUUUUUCAUCUCCUACAAUCAACUAACCUUUCUGCCAUUAUCAUUGUUUCAAAGACGAAAAUUUGAAAUUUUAUCGUACUUCGAAAAUAACUUCGAACAGAAUCCAACACAAUCGAGACAUGUGAAUAUGGACAUUGGCGUCUACCAACUACAAGUCAUGUGUAUUGUGAAGUUGCUGAACAUGGGGUAGGUGUGGGUCUUGCUAUUAAUUUUUUUUGGGAAGAGGAAGGGGUUUGGCCAUUUUUUAAGGGCGGGGUAAAAAGAAUUUUUUUGGUGGGAGGGGGGGGUGGGAGUUGAAAGUAAUGUUUUUUUUGGCAUUUCGUGAUUUUUUUAAAAAUGAUUUUUUUUUGAGAAUUUCAAAAAAUUUUUUGGGCGUGGUAAUUUUUUUGCAAGGGGUGGAUUUUAAAAAAUUUUUGAUUUAAGAAAAAUAGACAUUGCUUGAAUGAGUAAAAUAGUUUUCUAUAAUAACUAUAUUUUCAAAACGUUUUUUUCUUUUGAAUUGUUAAUUAAAAUACUAAAAAAAACCUUAUUUCAGUAUGAAGUUGUCUCAAAUGUUCCCAUCCAAUUUUAAGAACAAUCUGUACAUGAACCAAUGUUAUCAAUGUCACAAGUACAUGUACAGAGAACACUACGUUGAAGAGUAUUUGGAUGGACGUACGAAAACGGUAAAUAUGAUAGGAUCUCACCAUUGCCAACUUAAUGGCCAUAUUUGUUCAAGUUGUUAUCGGCCGCGACGAGGCGUUAAACGCCUACGUAACUAGAAAAAUUUGAAGUUUUUGUAAAUAGUGAAAAAUAAAUUUUGAGUUUUAAGGGUUUAUGGAAGGUUAGGCUUGAAAUGUUUAAAAAAUAGGCUUAACUGGUUUACGUUUAGUAGGCUAGGCUUAUUAGGCUUGGGUUUUGGUGUUUUGGUCUUAUAAGGCUUGGGUUCUGAAGUUUUGGUCUUAAAAGGCUUGUGCUUAUAAGGCUUAGGCUUUGAAGCCUUAUGCUUAGGAGGCUUGAGCUUAGAAGGCUUCGGUGUAGAAGGAUUGUGCUUAUAAGGCUUGGGCUUAGAAAGCUUGGGUUUAUAAGGCUUAGGCUUUGAAGUCUUGGGCUUAGGAGGCUUGAGCAUAGAAGGCUUGACCUGAUAAGGCUGAGGAAAAAAAGGCGUACGCUUAGAAGGCUGGGACUACUUACGUCAAUAUAACUUUUCAACAAAUUUAAAAAAAAAUUUUAAAGCUUGUCAAACCAUUUAAGUUAUUUUGCUGUUUCUUGAUUGUUUACCUAAAGCAACAUAAAUUGUCGCAAUCCCUUUUUGAAAAAAAAGUAGAGCUGCCUGCACUUAAGGCGACUCAUUUGACCUCAUUUUCGAUACCUAUUGUAAUUUUAAUGAGUGCCGAUCGAAAUAGAUCCUCAAAUAUACUCGGUUUCUUCUUUUGAGUUCGAAAAAAAAUCGAAAUUUCGGAGAAAUUUCAAAAAAAAUUUCGAAAUUUAAAAAAAAUUAAUUUAAAAAAAUUUUAAAAAUUUGCUAAAAAAUAUUAUUGAAGCUUGUUAUUGCUAUCUAAAAACCAUAUUAAAAUAUAUUGGACCCUAAAAGUGCUAUUAUAUCACCUAUGCUGAUGUUACUAUAAUAUUGUAGUAGUGAAUCAAUAAAAGAUUUAUGAAGUUACUACUGAUAUUCUGUUGGUAUUUUGAUGUUAAUUCUAUUUCUGGUGAUCAGUUUGAUAGCUAAUGUUGUUUCGUGUAAAAAAGCUUUGUUUUAUGUACCUACCUUGUCGUAUAGCCAUGUAGCUUUUAAUCUAAAGCUGGCUGAAAUGCUACGUGAUGGUGGUUAUAAUGUUGUAAGUUUAUACUAAAAUCUAUCAACCCAUGUCUUUAAAUCUACCACUUUUACUUUUACUCGUACUUCUACCUCAACUUCUACCUCUACCUUUACUCCUAUCUCUACCCGUAAUCCUACGCGUGCCCCUGCUCCUACCUUUAUAUCUACUACCCCUGUCUUUACAAUGUUUUGUUUUUUUUGUAAAAUACGACGCUUUUAGACAGUUUUAAUUGUUGACAUUGAUCCAAACGUGAAUUAUCAACGGCUAAAGAACGUUACGGUAAGAUAGAUUUUGUUUUUUUUUAUGAUAGUCUUCUAUAAUACAUACGGUUGAGCAUUAAAAGUCGAAGCGAUGUUACACUCUGAGCGUAACUUAUGACAAAAAACAAUUUACAGCACAUUCACGUUGACUUGAACAUGGAGAAAGAUCGUUUAUUGAAGUCGUUGUGGCAGAAUCCGGGUCCCUACGAAGAUGCUAGUCCAUUGAAUCACAAAAUAUUCCUAAAAUUUCUAAAAAUUUCUUCUGUAAUGGUUGAUGCGUGCAAAUGUAAGUUUUGGAAGAUCAAAAUCAUAAUUUAUAGACCUGAAAGGGGUCCACUAGGCCCUUUGCUUAAGGGACAGGGUUCAAACCAAGAAUUCAGGGUAUUAAAUUGAAAAAAUGAAAAUUUAUUUUACUUUAUCCCACCUUACGCAAAUUUACCCUAAUUUACUUUGUCUUGCCAAAACCUGAUAAGGGGCCUAAUCGGCCGGGCUUAAGCAAGUUUGAAAGAGGCCGAAUUUUACAAAAUUCUGCCUUUUCUGCACGUUUUUUUACAAAUUCUGUAGAAAAAAAUUUUAGAUAUAUUCGCGGACCACGCCCUACUCCAACAGUUGCAUGAUGAAAAUUACGAUGUAGGCUUCGUGGAGCAGUAUGAUGCUUGUGGUUUGGGUUUGCUACAAAGAAUUGAAGUUGAAGCAGUUGUGUGGUUAAGUGCGACGGCUAUUUAUAGACUUCAACCUGAGCAAAUCGGGGUGAAUUACCCACUUGGCUAUGUUCCAGGUACUUUUAUGUAGUUUUUUAAAUCAAUUUUUUAAUUUUUAUAAAAAUUGAUUGUUUGGGAAGACAACGUAUUUUACAAAACGGACUAUGGCAAGAACUUUUUUUUACAAACCAAAAAAUGGCAAUAACUUUCUUUAAAAAACGAAAAAUGUCAACAACUUUUGUUAUGAAACAAAAAAUGUCAAGAACUUUCUUCACAAAACAAAAAAUAGCAAGAACUUUCGUUACAAAACAAAAAAUGCCAAGAACUUUCUUUACAAAACGAAAAAUGUCAACAACUUUUGUUAUAAAACAACAAAUGUCAAGAACUUUCUUUACAAAACAAAAAAUAGGAAGAACUUUCGUUACAAAGCAAAAAAUGGCAAGAACUUUCUUUACAAAACGAAAAAUGUCAAGAACUUUCUUCACAAAACAAAAAAUAGCAAGAACUUUCGUUACAAAACAAAAAAUGGCAAGAACUUUCUUUACAAAACGAAAAAUGUCAACAACUUUUGUUAUAAAACAACAAAUGUCAAGAACUUUCUUUACAAAACAAAAAAUAGGAAGAACUUUUGUUACAAAGCAAAAAAUGGCAAGAACUUUCUUUACAAAACGAAAAAUGUCAAGAACUUUCGUUACAAAACAAAAAAUGGCAAGAACUUUCUUUACAAAACGAAAAGUGACAAGAACUUUUGUUACAAAACAAAAAAUGUCAAGAACUUUCUUUACAAAACAAAAAAUAGCAAGAACUUUCUUUACAAAACGAAAAGUGACAAGAACUUUUGUUACAAAACAAAAAAUGUCAAGAACUUUCUUUACAAAACAAAAAAUAGCAAGAACUUUCUUUCCGAUACAAUUUUCUUUAAAAAAUGUUUGUUGGAUAUGUUACCGAUUUAACUAUAAGAACAAUUUUUUCGUAUUUUAGAGCUGUUUUCAUCGUUUUCCGAGCACAUGACUUUUCCUCAACGUAUCCUAAACACAUUGGUAGCUAAAGUAAGUUUCUUCAUCAACAUUUUACAAAUUUAGGUAACUGAACUUACCCACAAGUUCUACUCAAUCGAUUUCGAAAACCAGCUCAUUCGACUAAAAAGUGAUCGACAUCAGCUACGACUGAACUUAAUGUCGUAUGCCACCAAUGUCGAGCUUGUACUGACCAAUAUUUCUCCAGUAUUUGAUUUUACUGCCCCUCAAUCUACUCUAAUUCAACAUAUCGCGGGUAUUACUGUAGCGGAUCCUGAUGUUACAGUAGAUUUAAGUCCAGAAUGGAAGAUUGUAGCCGACGAGGCUUCAGAAGGCUUUAUUCUGAUCACUUUUGGAGCUAUUGCUAAGACUUCGGAAAUGCCUGAGGGUAUUUGGAACUCGUUGGAGAGGGCUAUGAAUCGGUUUGGCAAUGUGUUGUUCAUAGUAAAGUACGAGAGUUUGGCUAACAAGGACAGUUAUUUGAGGAAGAACAAUGUUGUGUUGACUACGUGGAUACCUCAAAUGGCACUUAUGAGUAGGUUUUUAGAAGUAGAGGUAUACGAUGAUUUGAAAACUUUUGGAAACUUGUUGGUUACGGUAAUGAUACUGUAACUUCAGAACCUUUUAAAGUCUUUCACGCAUUGUUAGACUUACAAGACUUAAAUGGUAUAGUAAUGUUGUACUGAUAUAGUAUUGUAACCUUUCAGAACAUCAAAACUAUCGCGGAGUAAUAACUCAUGGUGGGUGGAGUACCGUGCUGGAGUCAAUUUCCAAUGGACGACCGAUGAUUUUAAUGCCAUUAUUUGCUGAUCAUUUUAAGAAUGCUAGAGUUAUCACAGAAAAAAGUUUGGGAAUCUACGUGGACAAGAUGAACGUGAAGAAUGAAACGUUUACUAUGGCUUUGGGGGAUAUUAUCCAUGAUGAACGGUUGGUUUUUGUGACUUUUAAAGGUUUUUUUUGGAUUACUGUACCUUUUUUGGCAUUUUUAGAACACGGUAACAGCGUUUUUUGUUUUAUUCUUACUGUAACAUUGUUUUUAGGAUUUGGAUUACUGUAACAUAAAAUUGGUUUACUGUAACAUUUUUUUUAGGAUUUGGGUUACUGUAAUAUCAAAAAAAUUUUUUGAAGUUAUGGCUAAAAUAAGAUUUUUUACUAAAAGAAUUCGAAAAUGUCAUUUUAGAUACACCAUGAACACAAAAAAGUACUCAAAGUUGCUGUACGACACCGUAAUUCCGACUAAGCGGUUUCUGAUUUCUUCGGUCGAUCGUGCCAUUCGUCGAAAUCGAGCUUCACAUUGGAAACAAGUGGUACGACCCAAGUGUUUGGAUCUCAACUUCAUUCAAUUGUACUAUCUAGACCUAAUUGGUGUUAUUAUGGCUGUUAUUAUAGUUGUUUCAAAGGUAAUAAAGAGCUUUCUUUAA